AUAUUGACUGGUACCUGGAAGUGGUCAUAAAGCGUUCUUCAAACCCCAGUGCAACAACUGUAUUAGGAUGCAGGAUCACGUGGUCACUAGGCAUUGUGGGGAUCCUAAUUAAACUUUAAUGGAUGUUAACACACCGCUAAUAGAUGGCGUAGCUUGGGUAGCAUUGUGACAUACGAUCACACUUAGAAACAUGGAUUUUGAACAUCCGGUAAUGUUCAUUAUAAUGGAUAUUAUUUUAAUGCCAAUAGAAGAACCACUAGGAUGGCAGGAAUUGUACAACAUUUUAGUAAAAACAGAAAAACUGUACGAAAAAGUAAUCAACAAAUUCAAAAGAAAUGAUGGCAGAGAAGGGUAUAGUGGCGGGAAGGAAACAGAAGGAGAAGCACAACCUGAUUUUUUACCACCAGUCGCUUUAGGGAUUUUGCAGGCACGUUUGAAUAGCGAACAGCGGAAAAGGAACGCCGCAUUUACGGAGUGUGGUACUGAAGCUGACGUGGGCGAGUCCCACAUGUCCGUGCUUAGCAUGCUGGAGACUAGACUGAGAAGCAUCCAGAGAAGACAUAUCACCGUCCUUGUUAUAGGCGAGUACAAUGCGGGCAAGUCCACGUUUCUGAAUAUCCUCCUUGGUGGCCGGUACCUGCCAGUUGACCGAGGUAAAGUCACCAUGCUGGUGUGCGACGUACGGCACUGCACAGACCGCAGGGCGGAACUCAUUAUUGCCAACGACAGGAAUACAAAACUAGAGUCUGAGUCUGUACCAUUGUCAACGGAUGUAAACAGCGAUGGUUGGGAGACCGUUAGAAACAGCAUCAAGACCAAGAAGUAUGGGGAUAAGGACUUGCGGAGAGUAAUCAUACAUUGGCCUAUACCAGCUGUUGACAAGAUGUUACUUAAUGUCAAAUCUAGACCAAGACGCCCACAAACCAGUGUCAUAGAGAUUCCCCAAGUACGUGCAUUUUUGUUGUUGUUCGACCUCUUCAGUCACAUCAAGCCUAAACAUUGUAAAUGGGAAAUUAAAGGGAACCUUGCAAGACCAUUUAAACUAGAGCGCCAAGGCUCUCCAAGUCCUCCCACUGAACCCAAGGUACUGAUGAAAGGUUCAGUAGACUCUGCCACAAGCCCUCCUACUGAACCCAAGGUACUGAUGAAAGGUUCAGUAGACUCUGCCAUAGGAUCCUUGUCAACUGAUGCCGAUAGUCAGACCAUUGUCAAGCAACCGUUUCCACCAUCUAAUACGGAGGAGGAAGACGGUUCCACUUCGCUGAAUGCUGAAACGCCUGUACUAUCUGUGUCCUUCCUCGACUGCCCCGGGAUAAAUCACGAGGAUGCCACCGGUAUCAGCGAAGUAUUGGACGAGUACGAAAACAGCAAUGCUACAAUCAUCAUACUGAACACGGCAGACGACGACGGCAUUAAGGCGAAUGGUAUAAAGCGCGUUUUAUCUAAAAUGCGAGAAAGAGAUGCCUGCAUUGGAAAAAUCACGGAUGGCGACAGUAUGCUUUUUAUAGCCAACAAAGCUGACCACUAUACAAAAGAGGAUGACCCAUGGAAGAAUGGGCUACGAAAUGAAGUGCUAGAAAAACUAACGCGAGAAUGUAAUUGGUUGAACGUUUCAAGUGCUCAUGUGAUUCCUGUUGAAAGUGAAAAGAUCAACACUGAGAUAUCGAAGCAAAAUUUUACUCACCAAGAAGAUAUGUACAGAUGCAUGCAGAUGUUCCUCCGGAAGGCAUAUCGCGCAGAUUUGGAACAAAACACGAUGUGGCUUAUGAGUCUGCUUCAACAUUCGAGAUCAAUUGUAGAAUCAAACCUAUCACCGAACAUUAAGCUAAUAAAACAUAAUGUUGAUAACUGGAAGAAAGAAAGUUUGGAAAUCCAGAACAUUCCAGAGGAGAGAAAACAGAGGGAGAAAACAGAAUUGGUUAAACUCGGUUGUAGCCUUCAACAAAUUCUUGAAGGCAUAUCGGUACAAGAAGUAACUUGUGCAAUUACUUUACAGACAAUCGACUCUGCUGUACGCUAUAUAGCGAACAUAAACUGGUCAUCAGUCAGUAAAGAAAUCGACAAACUAGUUUGUGAAAUGCUUACUGCUAAAAAAGAAAAGGAAAUACAACUCAUGGGCGUAGAGUACGAACGAACAGUUUCGGCAAUAUAUUCAGAAGAAAGGGGUCGUUUGAAAAAGCUUAAAGAAUCGGUGUUCGUUCUGAAAAACUUAAAUUUUCCAGACAACAGCAUCGUUGAGGCUGCCUUAAGUGCGAUGGCUGGUCCAAUAUUGAGUAUGUAUUUUAGGAUAUCGCCCAUCUUCUUUCCUGCGAUGUUCCUUGUUUUGCCAGUUAUUCCUCUUGGCUUGAUCAUUUACUCAAUUUAUGAAUCCUUAAGAGACGCUCAGCAAGAAUCAGAAAGGAAAUCUUUUGAAGAUGAUAGGCUUAAAUUCGUUCAAGAAAGAGUGGCGAAAAUUCAUAAAGAUGCAACAAAAAUGUUACCAAUUGUAAUUGAAAACGCAAGUGAAUACGAAGCUAAACGGAUCAUUGAUUCCUGUCUGCAGAUAUCACUGAUGCUCGACGAACUCGACUCUAACAGUAAGCCGAUUGAUCAAGCGUGUAAGGACAAUAUUAUUCGUCUGAUUUACGAAGUAGCCGAUUUAUUUUUCGGAGAAUUUAUUGGCCAAAUCAACUCUUGUGGCGUCACGAUGAGUGACGAGCAUAAUGUGCAUUGCUGGAAAAUGAAACAGAUUAAGGGAACACAGGGUAGAGAUGAAGUUCUGUUUGUAGGUGAAGAAUAUUCGUCAGAUAAAACUAAGUACAUGCUGGAGUUCGAGCAUUGUGUUCUACUCAGGCAGAUGUCUAGAGGAACCUGUGGAAGACUUGUACGCAUUCUUGGAUGUUCAUCAGAAGCUCCGGGCAAGUUCGUCGUCACACUGGAGAGUGGAUUUCGGAAUUUACGUUGGCUCUUACUGAGACAACCCCAAAACGACCCAGCCAUACAGAGGAGGUUGUUCCAGCACACCUCCAGAGAGUGUCAGCAGUGUAUCAAGUCUAUACAUGCGAUGGGCAUUGUACAUGGUCACUUGAAAGUGUCUUCAUUUGUUAUGGUACGUGCUGAUAGGGAUAACGAAAAUCUUGACCCCGCUGUAACGGAUGAGGUAAAUGUUGUUUCAAAUCUCCAAUUCAUACUCAAACUGACAAUUGCAGACAAAAACGAGAGUGGAUUACAGGAAACCAUUGACGACCAUUUUGUCGCACCAGAAGUUAAAUUAGAUUCAUCUCGGACCACCACUGCGUCGGAUGUGUACAGCCUGGGGGUGAUAUGCGUGUAUCUGUGGCAUGGGGUAAGGGAAGAUUUAUUCGGUCAAAGAAACAUGGCCGUCUUCAGCAAACGACCGAUUGAUUGCGUGGAGGCAGAUGAAUUUAUAACGAAGUGCCUCGAACCGAAUCCGAGAGAUCGAAGGAAGCUUAGUAAGAAAUGAAAGAUGGCUAUGAAUUAACACUUGGAGACAGAAUCAAUUAGCAAGAAGAUAGAAACAAUACUAAUAAACAGCUAGUAAGAAAUAAACAGGAGCAAACAAAAUAAACACUUUAAGGAAAAAUAGUGGAGACAAGUACAUUCUAUAGGUAUUAAUAGCGUAGUAUGUACUGAUGAAUAGCGUAGUAUGUACUAGGGAAUAAAGUAGUAUUUACUAGGGAAUAGCGUAGUGUGUACUCGGAAAUAUCUAGUAGUAUGUACUAGGGAAUAACGUAGUAUGUACUAGGGAAUAGCGUAGUGUGUACUCGGAAAUAUCUUGUAGUAUGUACUAGGGAAUAACAACGUAUGUAUUAGGGAUUAAGUAGUUUUUUUGUGCUAUAUUUUUGUAAUUUUGCUUUUGUUAUAAAUUGUUCUCUGUCUGGUGGUUGAACAGUUACAAACUCGUUAUUUAAAUACGCUUGUUACUGCUUGAUUCUAUAUAGCAACAGAUAAAUAUGAACCGGUGCUUUAAUUAUUUUGUUGUGUGUUUGUAUUGUUGCUUUUUUAAAGUUUGUUGUGAAUACAAUUAUAUGGUGUGAAUAUAAUUUCAAUGUUGCAAAAUAUGUUAAGUGAGAAGGCGACCUGAUAUCCGAUGCAAUAAAUACUUUCUCUUGUGUUAUGUCUCCCAGUGGAUGCACCAAAUAUGUGUUAUGUUUUAGAUAUACUAGUAGAUAUGUCCAUGCAUUAAAUACGCACGUAUUAAACUAAUUGAUAUGAAAAUCAUGAUACAAAGUGUAGUUUGUAAUUAAAGUCAUAUGUAGAAGUUUU